AUGAAAAGUAUGAAGGCAGGGGGAUGAAGUACACACCUACUCUUUUAACCGCUACCAAAACUGUUUGUUGCAUCACUUUGGCACCAGACAGAAAUGCUUCAGGACAAACAAUGAGGGUGCCAGCAGGGGACAUGUGAAGACCACCAGGUUUGUUGUGGAGUGGCCGAAUCAAAUGAGGCAAGAUGGAGAGUCAAUUUUGAAGGUGAAGUUAUUGUGUAACUAAGAGAGGCCAAAGGAGUCGACACCCUACAUCAGAAAAGUUAACAAACCAGUGGACCUACAGUGACAGAGUUCACGCGAGUGAUGAGAAAACAUGAAAAAAGAGAAGAGUUAAGUAUUUCAGCUUGUGAGCCAGAGGACAGGGAGAAGGACAAUGGGCUCCACAGGCUCCAGAACGGGUCAGCGUAAAGUAGCUCCAUGUAACAGCCUGCAAGAAGAGGGAACACAUCCCAAACCGCAAUGGACCCUCCCUGCUCUGCCAGUCACAGUGGAGCAGUUGUCAGGAUCUCUGAGGCAGAGGAAGACCACCUUACCUCCACUGAAGCAAGAAAUUGCACUCUCCACACUCUCAGAACCGUGCUUUGCAGAAGGGAUCCCCCCAAAGCAAAGCAACAAUUCAAGCAUCAUACACUCCCAUCCACCCCGAAGACCCCAGGCACUGCAACCACUGGCCCUUCAAAUUGGCCACACAGGCACUGCCAAUCAAAUUGUCAUGGGCCGGGACUGCAGAGGUGGGGAUGUCCACCGGUUUUCUACAACAGGCCAGACAGGAUGCUCUGGCACCGGCAGAAUGAUUCAGGGAGGGUUCCUGGAGGCCCAGACAGCUCUCACUCAGCAGGCUCAUCGGCAUCGGCGAGCUCACCUCCGCCAAGCCAGAGAGCAAAGAAGGCAUAAGGUCGUCUACACAGUUAAUGUUGGAGGUCCAAAUACAGAAGGGAUCCAGAGGCAGAAACUUGUGAGAAGGCCCACAGAGAGGGACAUCUUCUGGGAUGACACCACAGGAGAAAGUCUGGACCCCAGCUGCCUUCUCGACCCAAAAUCUCUGCCCCACCUCUGUGAAGAGAGAGCAGAAAAAAGGAUUCAACAAACCGGACACUGGGGACUGUCUUCAUGGACAAAUGAGAGGGAAAUGGUGAGUGUAGAAGACAGGGGUAAAACACAGAGGAGUGGUUGGAUGGGCCCUGAGUCUGCCAGAAGCUCUCAGACAGGGAGGAUAAGAGCAGCAAUUGGAAUCUGGGACCAUAAACUGGACUGAAGAGUGCAUAGUCAACCAACUUGCGAUAUAAACGUAACUGAGAUGUUCCUGGCAUGGCUGAGUUUAUGGUGCCCUCUACAGGCGAAGGUGAUGCACAAAAGUGAGAAAACUUACUGUCUGGAGCUCAUUCAUUCUCCCCUUGAUAUUGACAGCAAACAUCCAAAAAUACCUCUCAUAUUCAGUUCAAAGGAUUCACAUCAGCCAGCCACCAUGAAGCAGCUGGUCCAGUACUGGGCAUUUUGGGGUUAGCGCAAAAGAAUCCUCAAGUAUCUAAAGAUAUCCCCUUCUCUGAAAAGACAUGCAGCUCUUGAGGAAUAAUUAGACUGAAAACAGGAAGCUGCUAAUUGCACCAUCAUUAUUCAAGUGGUCUCUCUGAGGCCGGCCCUUAGCGUGUUUAGAGAGGCUGAGAGCAACUGGACUCCUACCAAACACCUGAGGCCACAGUGGAGGAUAAAUAAAAAAUAAAAAAUAAGAAGCCUGGUCCUCUGGCACGGUGAGAUAGAUGAACAUUGCUGGGAUCACAUCUCGCCACCGGGGGCUGGACAGGAAAUAAAUUAGUAGCUACUAUCUGGCAGCAGUUCACAAGGACUAUCUCAAAGCAGAAGUAAAAACAGUCUAAUGUGAACUUUAUUGUCCUCUACCACUGGGUGUCAUUAUUGUGCUGAGGGACACAGUGAAGUCCCACAGUCGCGCUGCUUGAACCAGCGCCGUUAACGUUUUGGUAUGAAGGUCCGUUGGUAAGUCAGCCCAACCAUGUGGUAGUUUUUAAAUGACUUGCGACCGUACACACCACUGCUUUACUUUCACAAAUUUAUUUGGGAUGUAAAGAUUACUGUACAAAAGUGAUUAUCCUUUUCCCAUAUGGGUGUAAACAAGAGAAAGAAAAAUGACAAAAGACAUGACAUGAUGAAAUGAAAGUCCCAAAGGUACGAGCUGAAGGCACUGGAGCAGAGCAAAGCAUUAAAACGAGUCCAUCUACUUAGCAAUCCAUUCAAUCAACAAAGCAAAGGCUGCCAGUGAGAGGCCACCGACUGCAGACUUCAGGAGCCAGACUGACCACAUAUUGGGAUACUGAGGAGAUUUAGAGUGGCCCAACUCUUCAAAAAAAAAAAAAAAAUUCUCCUUUUCCAGUUCGCUAGCCACACACACUGGACCUUAAAGCCAAAUCAUCGUGGAGGGGGAGAGCCGAGAGGUCUCGGUGUCUGCCACUCCGUACUGCUACAUAAAAAGAAGGUGAAGGAUGCCGUGUGAGCAAUUGGUUCCAAUUGACAGAGGAUUGGUCAUGGUCAGCCUUCUGAGUGGAAAUCCACGUGAGAAUGUAGCAUUUGGACCAGCAAGGGGCACAAGAGGCCAACAGCAGACAAUGAGGGCACUCAGAGGAGUCUGGCUGCUGUGGAAGAGUGGGGCACAAUCUCCUCCAAGUUAACCCUUCACUGGCUGGUUAUUCAGUCUACUUAAUACACUAAGGUGGAGCUCACUGCAGUCAUGUAACAGAAUCGGUAUGAACAUUUCAAGUAGUAGUAAAGAGUGGGAAACUGGAUGUCCCUCUUCAAAUCAUUUCUUUACUAUUGCAUAUUUAUUAUAAAGUGAGAUGAAGUGAGAUCUAAAUUAACACAGACCAAAAUCAUGUGCUUAAAGUUUUUCAUUAAUUAAGUUAAAGCACCUAUGCAGCUUCAAACGGCGACUUCCAUCCUUGUGACUUUUUCACCAAUUAGGCAGGUCCUGCUGGCUGAAUGGGACCGGCUGCUUUAAAGUCUCAGAGGGGCCAGAGGGUCAGCGCUCAAUCACAGUCCGGUUGGAGAGGCUGUGUGUUUGAACUAGCCACUAGUUGACGGGGCGGGGACGGGGUCAAUAGGGGGGUGUGUGUGUGUGUGUGGGGGGGUGAUUGGUGGAGGGAGCGAAGGACUCCUGCCAGGUCUAAAAGAGGAGCCUUUUGUAGCCAAGACACUGGCCAGACCAGCCUGGCCUUUCACAGCCCGGCCGCCCCUCUCCUCCAGGCCGACAACAGCUGAUGACAAGGCCCCAGCUGCUAAUUAUCCGGCUGAUGGAGAGUCACUGAAGUGGGACUGUCAGAGCGAGGGGUGGCCCUUGUGUCUGCAAAGGGAUAAAUUUGAGGGAGGGUGAGGGCUGGCGGAUGAAAAGAAGUUGCACUACAGGGGCAGUUUUUUUUUUUUUUUUUUUUAAGUGU